AUACAUCAAAACAAGGUCACGGUUUGGGGGAGAAGAACAUUUCGACCUCUUUUCGCGGUAGAGAAGAGGGAAGGAAGAGUGAGAGCCAGCCAGCCAGCCAGCCCCUUUUCUAGAUCAUAAUCUCUAAAUCAGGAUCCGAAUCAACAUACAUAAUAAUAGAUCCUUGGUUCAAAGUUGUAGUGUUGUCACACAAUGAAGUGAAGGUUCAAGUAGAAAAUCUAUAGCGACUCUAUACAAGAGGGUGUUGCAAGAUGGCAGAAAAAGCUUGUGUAAAGCGACUUCAGAAGGAAUACAGAUCCCUUUGCAAAGAACCUGUUUCCCAUGUCACAGCUCGUCCUUCACCUAAUGAUAUUCUUGAAUGGCACUAUGUAUUAGAGGGAAGUGAGGGAACCCCUUUUGCAGGUGGGCAUUAUUAUGGGAAAAUCAAGUUUCCUCCGGAGUAUCCAUAUAAACCUCCUGGAAUAACUAUGAUCACUCCAAAUGGAAGAUUUAUGACGCAAAAGAAGAUAUGCCUUUCUAUGAGUGACUUUCAUCCUGAAAGCUGGAACCCAAUGUGGUCUGUAUCAAGUAUACUUACUGGGCUUCUAUCCUUCAUGAUGGACAGCAGUCCCACCACUGGGAGUGUGUCAACUACUGACAUUGAGAAGCAAAGGCUAGCAAAGUCUUCGCUUGCUUUUAAUUGUAAGAACCCAACAUUCAAGAAAAUAUUCCCGGAGUACAUGGAGAAAUACGAAGAACAGCAGCUAUUGGAGCAACCUAGUGCAAAAGUAGCAUCAAUGGGCCCUAAGGGAGAAGAAAAUACACAACCAUUGUUGGAGAAACUACGUGGUCCAAGAAAGGAAGAGGAGCUGAAUAAUAAUAAUAAUAAUAAUAAUAAAGGGGAAGAAGAGCAUGAGCAGAGAAGACAAGAAGAAGAAGAAGAAGGCAGGAGACAGUCUUUACCAACAUGGGUUCUGAUUUUGCUUAUAUCUGUGUUUGGGAUUGUGAUGGCACUUCCUUUGCUUCAACUAUGAUACUGAGAGGGGGCUUUUUAGAUGAUAUGGAUGAUAGACAUGGCUAAUUAGGGAUAAUAGUCACUAUACAACUAUGUUCAAAGGCUUUUUUUUUUUUUUUUUUUUAUGCUUGGUCUCUCAGUUUGACUUCUAUAUACUAAUCAUAAUAAUAUCUGAGUAGCUUUUGUUUGGUGGGUUUAUAAAUAGGUUUCUUUUGGUU